GAAAUGCCUUGGACGAGGAGCAACGAGCGCAGAAAGCCCUGCAUCUGCUGCGAGCACGCGAUCGUCGGAUCGCGUUCCUCGAGAAACGCGUAGCCGAGCUGGAGGACGUCGCCGGCAAUCUUCACGAGGAGUUCACGCUUCGAAAUUCAUCGAGAGCCUCGACCUUGGAACGCGCCGUUGUUCCCGAUCCCUCUCGAAGCGGACGAUCAUCCCGAACGGGGAACUGCGAGAGGAGCAAUUGCAACUUGGAGGACGUCGAUUCGACCCAGCUCGACGACGUUGGCGCGUCGGUGCCACGUUUGAGCCUCUCGAAAUCCUCCAUGUCGAGUUCCUCGAUAGUUCCUAGAGAUAUCUCGUCCAUCGACCUCGUGCGAGAGAAGAGAAAGCGUUUCACCGCCGACGCUUCUUUUUCCAACGUCGGUGAUGCCUCCGGAAAGGAUCCAGAUCCACAUCGUAGAAGCGAGACGAAAGUUGAGACAGCGAGCAGCGAGAGGUUCGUCGACGUUGAUGAAAAGAGCAACAGAGAUGGGCGCUCGGUUUGCGUGAAUGAAAUUAAGAAGAGGGAGCGUUUAACUGCGUCAGUGGGGAAGGGACGCGAAUCGAGAUUGUCGAGGAUGUCUUCCAGCGUUCCGUGGAUCCGCGCGAGGCACAGCUUCCGGAAGAAGCUGAAAAACGGAAAACGAACGAAGGAGCUGUCUUCCGGGGACGGUCGUCAGACGUUCGCGCCGUUUCGUUACAGUUCUCCAAUAAAUGGCGAAAACCAGCUGUCCCGCUCACUCACGAUCGACAAUUUUCUUUCGAUUGUCGAGCUCGUGAGGUGAAAGGCUACCGAGCAGAGUUCGUUAAAGUGCAACAGGGAAGUGGAUCUUGAAUAAUCCUGUUUCCGACGUGCGUCCGAUCGCAAGAUAUAAUACACUGUGUACUGGUGUACACGGGACGAAGUUGAGACAGACACAGUGAGGAUGACAGAGCAUCGAUCGAUCGAUACUGAAUCAACGGUGGAUCUCGUUGGAUCGGGCCGCAUUGUUCGAUCGAAACGAACCGUGUAGAUUCACGUGGAACGUCGGCCGAAGGAAGAUUACGCCACUAGACCCGAACGAGGAGGACCGGCCGAUCGCGCUUGUAACCCGUGAUUGAACCAACAUCGCGGUUGCAACGCGCUCGCGCGUCCUCCCUUUGUCACGAGCGCGCGUAUUCCCUCAAACUCAAUCUCUAUUAUUCCCGAUCGGUUGUAUCGCUUCAAUCAUCGGUAAAAAAAGAAACCGGUUAUCUUGAUUUAAUAACCGCCGAUGCCAUUCGAGUCAGACGUCAGACACGAACAGGAAUAAAGUAGAUGCUAAGAUUGCUAGAGGCUUCGAUUUGAUUUGAUUUGAUUUGAUUUGAUGUGUUGGGAAUUUUAUCGGUAUGGUUUGA